AUGAGUACUUCUAUCUCGACCGCGCCUAAUCCCACCGCAAUCGCCGCCCAGUCUGCAAACGCCGCGUCUUCGCCCGCCACAGCAUCGACGCCCACCGUGGCCGCUGGUUCGGCUCAGCCCACUGCCCGCUCGUACGCCAACGCGACCAAGAAGCCUACCGCCUCGUCGCCCGCGAUUGCGUCCAGCACAGCGCCACCCGUGGCAGUGGGAGGUCCAGCACCACAGCAUGGCAAAAGCAGCUCUAUCUCGCCUGUGAACGGCAAGGGCCCCAUCACGCCCGCUGUUCCCGCCGUCGGCCCCCCUACCAUUGUCAAUAGCAGCGCCAUCGUGAACGGCGCUCCCGCGUCGGGAGACCACGCCCGCAAGCCCUCCGUCACCAUCAGCGCUGCGGGAACUACUGGCUACACUCCAAACGGCGGCCCAGUUGCGCCGAACAGCAGGGCGCCGAGCAACAUUACGUUCGGUUCCAUCGCCGUUGGCGGAUCGCCUGCGAUACCAAACAGUUCUCCCCAUUCACAGGCCGGAAACCUGGCUACGCCCCGAAGCGAUCCUCGCAUCACAUCGCCAGCGCACUCGCCUUCCCCGAUACCGCCAGCAUCGAGCGGUGGCCGGCCACCAUCGGGUCUCCAGCCUGGUCAGCAAGGCCUGGUCUUCGGUGGUGUUGGCAAUGAAGGUGGAGAGAACAACAUGCGACCUGUGUCCAUGCCUCCAAAUGCAAACCCCCUGCCACAAGCCCAGCACCUUCGACGCGAGUCCUCACAAUCUGCCCAUAGCGAUAUGAGCAACUCGAACAUGAACAAUAUGAAUCGAGGAUACCCACCGAACGGCGGGCGCGGCCGAGGAUACAACACUGGCUACGCUCCCAUCGCACACUCCUCGCCAGGGCCACAAUACCGACCUCUUCCUAAUCAACAACGAGGAGCACCCAAUAUGCCGCCUCAAUUUCAAGGGCCAGGACCGAUGGGAAAUCACCCCAACUCUCCGUAUCGCCAGACUAGAAGCCCUGCCAUCACCCCUGCAGCGAUGCAUUCACAGGCUCACAUCGCAAACCCUCAGCAAAUGCAGUACCCGAACUACGGCCAUCCUCAGCAUUUCGCUCACCAGCCAGUUGGUUCCCACUCUCAUUCCCCUCAUCAGCCAGCUGGACCUCCCAGCAGCAAUCUCAUUGGCGCCGACAAUUCUCACCUCUUUUCGCUUUCUUCAACUCCGACAAAACCACCAUUUCGUCCUACUCCUGAAAGCUCUCUUUCUCAACCUCCUCAAUUUCCUGAACUCUCCAAGGCAAGUGGCGGCUAUGACCAAUAUCUAACAGCUUUUGCCUAUCAGGGAAUGUACGGCAUGCAGCAACCUGGUCUAGAUCCCAACUACCCUUACUAUCAACAGCAGUACCAAAUGCAUCAGCAGAUCCCAUACUCUAAUGCUGCUCCGCCAAGCCCGCGACCUGGUUAUCCGCAGGUAGCUCAGGGAUUUGUGCCAGGAGCGUACGGUAACCCCCCACACGCCCAAGGCAUGUCCCGCACCUCAUCACAAGUAUCUGAGCGACCCGCCUCGACUAUCGCUGCGCCACAAACGCCGUCGAUGUCGAAUGCCAACCACGUCUCUCAUACUCACACUCCUAGUGUUGGCACAGCUAGCCCGGCUCCGUCUUCUAAUUUCACUAUCCCCAAGCCAAAAAGUAAAGCCAUUGUCAUCAAGAAUGCCGACGGUGAAGUUCUGGACUUUGCUAAACAGAAGGCUGCUUCACCUGCGCCGCCCACAGCACCUCGGUCUCCUGCUAUUGCCUCUACGCCUACUCCCCCGCCUCGAGCACCAAGCGCAAAUGAGUCUUCUCACAGCAGAACGGAAAGCGUUGCCAACAAGUCUGCAGAGGAGAAGAAGGCUGAUUUUGUAAAGCAAUUUCAACAGCAAAUUCACAAAGAUAACGAAGAAAAGGCGAAGAAAGAAGCUGAUGCCAAGGCCAAGGAAGACCAGGAUACCAAGGACAGGGCCGAAGCUGAUGCGAAGUCUGCCAAGGAGAAAGAGGAAGCCGAGGCAAAGGCAGCCCAAGAGAAGGAAGAGGAAGAGAAGGCUAAGGCAGAAGCAGAAGCUGCUGAGAAAGCUAAGAAGGAGGCAGAUGAGGCAGAGAGGCUCAAGAACGAGGAGGACGAGCGCUUGGAGCGUGAAAUCGCUGAAAUGGAGGAGCUUGAACGCCAGGAAGAGGAGCGCGAGCGGGCUUUCCAAGAAAAGAGAAAGAAGGAGAAAGAGGAACAGGCUCGCAAGGAAGCUGAAAAGGCCGCCAAUGCCGAAGAAGAGAUGCGGAAGGCCGAGCGCGAAGCUGAGGCUCUCGAAGAGGCUCGCGAAAAAGCCCGACAAACUGCUGUCGAAGAGACACCAGAACAGAAAGCCGAGAGGGAGCAGUUGUUUGCUUCUUUGAAGAAAACGCCACACCCUCAAGCUACGCAAAGCCCUGCUACUGCUGCCUCUGAGCCAGUAAUGCCUCCACCUGCGCAGCCAAAAUCCGCGCCCAACUCGGGCAAGCCGAAGCCUGUCCCUCAACCUCUCAAAAUCGAAACCAACAAGACCGUCGAGCCCCCACAGCCCACUGCCGGCAUGCAGGCACUCAAGUCUGCGAGGUUCUUACAGGUUCGAAAUGAGGCUCUUAACUACCCAGAGGGAAUCAAGUCGCCAAAUCCAGCCUUGAACCAAGGUGGCAAGAGCAAGGGCCGUCAGUACGACAAGGACUUCUUGCUGCAAUUCCAGGAAGUUUUCAGGGAGAAACCUUCCACGGACUGGGAAUUGAAGCUCAAGGAAACUGUUGGCGAUUCGUCGGACUCGGCUCGUCCUCAAUCAGCUCGAACACCGAUGGGCGGCAUGGGCGGCCGCGGGAGCUCCCGGCCUAGCCUGCCCACAGGUCUCUCUGGUGGCACUAUGGGCAUGUUCUCCUCGGUGGGUGGCCGGACUCUCAGACCAGGAACGACCUCGGAAGAGCGAUUCCAGGCAGCAACGCAAGGCGGACAGCCACCUCGUGCUCAGACUAUGAGCAACCCUCUCGCACAGUUUGCCAAUCGUCCUGGAGGAUUCCCAAUUGGUGGACCCCCACAGAUGGCUCGCACUAGCUCCUUCCAGAACAUGUCGCAAAACGGACCCAACUCUCCUCGAAAUGCUAGCUCCAGAGGUAGGGGCAGCAAGCGUGGCACUGGCAACAGGCGGGAUGAAGAGAUACAGGCGAAACAGAUGCCAUUGACCGCUGGAUUAGAUUUGAAGCCGCUCGAGAAGUCGCAGACUGGCUGGAAACCAACGAGCAUUGGCGCUCCCCCACCAACUCAAAUAAUGAGCGCAGGCCACCUGGCUCCAGAUAUGGUCCAGCGGAAGGUCAAGGCUGCUCUGAACAAGAUGACGCCGGAAAAGUUCGAUCGCAUCGCCGAUCAGAUUCUAGAAAUUGCUGCUCAAUCAAAGGAAGAAGCCGACGGGCGAACCCUUCGACAGGUCAUUCAGCUCACCUUCGAGAAAGCUUGCGACGAGGCUCAUUGGGCAUCGAUGUAUGCUAAGUUCUGUAAGCGUAUGCUAGAGACCAUGAGCACAGAUAUCAAGGACGAAAAUGUUCGCGACAAGGCAGGAAAUCCCGUGGUUGGUGGCGCGCUCUUCCGGAAGUACCUACUCAACCGCUGCCAAGAGGAGUUUGAACGCGGUUGGGAAGUCAAUCUGCCCCAGAAACCCGAGGGCGAGAGCCAGGAGGCCGUUUUGUUGUCGGAUGAGUACUACAUCGCAGCUGGUGCCAAGCGAAAGGGCCUCGGUCUGAUUCAGUUCAUCGGUGAGCUGUACAAGCUGGGCAUGUUGACCCUUCGUAUCAUGCACGAGUGUGUGUUGAAGCUUCUCGACUUCGAAGGCACGCCUGAUGAGUCUGCGAUUGAGAGCUUGGUCAAGCUUCUCAGAACUGUUGGUUUCACCAUGGAGAACACGGAAGCUGGUCCCAAGAUGAUCCAAUUGUACUUCGAGCGCAUCCAAAAGAUCAUGAGCACCGAGGGCCUCCCGAGCCGUUUGCACUUCAUGCUUUUGGACACUGUCGACCUACGGAAGAAGGGCUGGCGAUCCAAGGAUGACGCGAAGGGACCCAAAACUAUUCAAGAGAUUCACCAAGAAGCCCUUGCUGCACAACAGGCGACGGAAAUGGAGAGGUCUCGAUCAAACCGCGGUGGCGGAGGAAACCGACAACCCAUGGGUCGCGGUGACGCCCGAUCUUUCUCUGGAGGUGGCAUGAUGCCUCCACCAGAUUACAACCGCAACCAGCUUGGUAUGGACGACCUGCGCAAACUGACCAAGAACGCCUCCGGUCGGAACCUCAGCAACAGCCCUGCUCAGCUCGGUCCUUCAUCGCUGUUCGGCAGCCGCAGCAGCAGUGGUCGCAAAGGUCUUGGCCCAAGCCUGAUGAAUCGGACAGAUGACUCUGGCGCGUCCUCUCGAACGGGUACUCCACCCGUUCAGAAGGAAAAGGAGUCGACAACCCAUGUGAACUCAUUCAGUGCACUUGCAGCUCUAGAUGCAUCCGGUGAAGGCGCUGGCGAAGUUGCUUCUCCCCCUUCGACAGCCUCGUCCCCGCCCGUGUCCAAAUCCCAACCACGGGCAGAGGACAAGAAGGAGGACGACGCCAAGCCUUCCGAGUAG